AUGGACAACCCACCACACACCACGGGCACUGCUACCACCACAAUUACGCCUAAGCCACGCGUGUUGUUGAUUGACAACUACGACAGCUUCACGUGGAACGUCUACCAAUACUUACGCAAAUGCGGCGCAGAGGUCAUGGUGCACCGCAACGAUAUGAUCACCGUCGAGGAGUGCGUCGCACUGAAGCCAACACAUGUUCUGGUGUCCCCUGGGCCAGGCCAUCCAUCAACUGACGCGGGAGUCUCGCGAGCGGUGAUUUCACACUUCUCAGGCAAGGUGCCCGUGUUUGGUGUGUGUAUGGGUCUGCAGUGCAUGUACGAAGUCUUCGGAGGCGAUGUGUUGUAUGCCGGAGAGAUUGUUCAUGGUAAGGUGUCGCCUAUCACACACGACGGCCGGGGCUGCUUUAAGGGCGUCUCACAGGACAUUAACAUCACGCGCUAUCACUCGCUAUCUGGUGAUGCUGCUAACGUCCCUGAGUCUCUGGCUGUAACAGCCGCCACAGCCAAUGGCAUCAUCAUGGCUGUGCGCCACAAGGAGUUGUGUGUGGAAGGAGUGCAGUUCCACCCCGAAAGCAUCCUCAGUGAACAGGGCAUGGAUAUGUUCGUCAACUUCCUCAGGUACACUGCCGGUACCUGGGCCGACGAGCCAACCUACAACCACAAAGUAGGCGCGGGUGUCACGGGCAAGGCAGUGGCAGAUGAUGCGCACGGGGGAGAUGCCGCUUUGCGUCAGUGUCUGAAGACGAUCUCAGAACCACCUCAUAGUAUUCCUAACACAGAGGUAUUCGGUCUAGCCAUGGACCACAUCCUAGCCAACGAGGCCACUCCAGCGCAAAUCGCGGGUCUUUUAAUGGGCCUAAAAAUGAUGGGCGAGGACAGUACCGUCAUGGCAUGUAUCAGUGAGCGUGUGCUGGCUAAAUGUCGUCCGUGUACACUCACUACUGAUGAUGUGGUGGUGGAUAUUGUGGGCACCGGAGGAGACGGCCACGACACCUUCAACGUGUCGACUACUGCUGGUAUCGUUGUGGCCGGUGCGGGAGUCAAGGUUGCGAAGCACGGCAACAGAUCGGCAUCCAGUAAAUGUGGGUCCGCCGAUGUGCUAGAGCAUUUGGGUGUGAAUAUUGGCAUUUCGCCCCAAAAAGCGGCGCACAUUGUGGACCAUGUGGGCUACUGCUUCUUGUACGCACCCACAUACCACCCGAAUCUCAAGAGCGUGGCUCACAUUCGCAAGGAAUUGGGUGUCAAGACGAUUUUCAAUAUCUUAGGUCCUAUGAUCAACCCCGCCAAUCCGCACUACGGCAUCGUGGGUGUGUACCAUCCCCGCAUUGGCAUGAUGAUGGCCGAAACACUUGUUAAAAGGGGUCUAAUUAGGGGUCUCGUGGUGUGUGGGCGCGAGUGCCUGGACGAGAUAAGCAUCAGUGGCCCUACCGAUGUGUGGGACAUCAAGAACGGCCAGAUCACUGUCAGCGAAAUCACACCAGAGGACUUUGGUUUGCCACGGCAUCCCAUGAGUGCUGUAUCCGGGGGCGGACCCAGUGAGAACGCAGAGACACUGCGAGCGAUCGUCUCAGGCGAGUACGAAGGGCCUGAGACUGACUUUGUGCUCAUAAACGCAGCAGCGUUGUUGGUUGUAGCGGGGAAGGCUAAUACAUGGAGAGAGGGUGUGCAGGUGGCACGAACGGCUAUACGGGAAGGGAAGUGUAAACAAGUACUAGAUACCUAUGUCAAGGCGACACAGGACGAGUGA